AUGCCUUAUUCUCGUGCAUCAUCAAUGAAUGCUGACCAUUGGGAUAUGCGGCGUUGGAAAACAGAGAAACUAAAACAAGAAUUAAAAAAUUAUAAUAUUAGUUUUGAGGCAAAUGCAACACGUUCUGAAUUAAUCACUUUAUUGAAUGAUUAUUUGUGUUCGGGAAUGAUAGAUUUUGAGAAGAUUCAAGAUAAAGAAAAUGAAAAUAUUGACUUCAUUGGGCCGUCCGCUAUGAAUAUAGAUAGUAAUGCUAUCUACUUUCCUCUUAAUCUUGGAUGGGCUCUUAAACAAAAUCAACAAUUAGGUAGAAGAGGAGGAAAACGUAUCUCGCCAAAUAUAGUAUCUGCACUCAAAACUUUUUUUAUAGCUGAUCAAUUAGAUCAAAGUAAUAGAUUUACGGCAAAGGAUAUGGUUAACAGAUUACAAGAAAUGGUAAAAAAUGGUGAAAUUUCCGAAGACGACGAAAUCCCUACAGAACAAGCAGUAAAAUCUUGGAUCAGUAGAUUUUCUAAAUCUUCGAAAGAAUUAUCAGCAGCAGAG